AUGCCCUUUGUAUGGAAUGCUUACUCCAAACCCUGUCCAUCAAGUGCAUUUGAGAUGCUCACUCUGAUUCUCCUCUGUGUCCUCAUCUCCUCCACCAUCUCAACCCUGCUAUUUGUGUGGAUGGUGUUCAGUUUGGCCUAUACCCACUUUGUGGCUGGUAUUGUAACUGGUGUGAGUGCAUGUGUGAUGCUGGUGCUGUUGAUCUUGGUGCACCCUGUGCGCUGUGUAGUAACAGUGACUGUGCCAUCGCUGGGCACCAAACAAGGUCGUAAAAUCAUCCUGUCAACGGCGCUGCUGUAUGCCAUCACCUCCUGUGUGCCCAAUAUCACCAACAACAUGGCCCGUAGCCUCCACAUGAUGAAAUGCAGCGCAGGCAACAUCACCCACAGCAUGCUGGAGUCUAGCAAUGUGCCCAAAGCAGCUCUAAGAGACAUCAGGAACAACCUGGCUGCUUUGCCCUCGAUUGGAAGCAGGGACUACUUCUUUAACUUGGAAAGUGACGUGGAUGUAAAAGACAUGGAGAAGCGUCUCUCUCAAGUUUCUGAAAGUGUGAAAGCAGACCUUGCCCUGCUACACAGCACUGUAAGCCAGAUUUCCCAGAUUGUCAAGAAGAUAAUUGCUGCACUGUUCGUAGUUUUAAUGAUAGGCAGUUCAGUGGUCUAUGUAAAUGGCUACCUGACACAUAUUAAACAUGAUAAUGUGUACCAGUCGCACCAGCUGAUGGAGGCUUUGCAGAGAGUGAGUGGUGAUGUCACGCUGCCCAGGAGCUACAAGAAGAAGCUGGUGAAGACCUCUGGGGCAAGGAUGAGCGCUCGUGAGGUGAAGCGCGGCCUCUGGGGGUUGCUAGCCCUGCUUAUCUAUGCCUUGAUGUGUGGGAUCAUGCUUGGCCUGGACCACUUUGUAUACAGGUCACUGCAGUCGCUCCUGGCAUGGGCCUCAGACAUCCCUGACAUUCAGGCUACUGUACAUGUUCAGAUGACAAUCAAGGGUACAUAUAUUGGUUUCAUAAACCAUAACAUUCAACAAUUGAAUGAAUAUUAUCCCUACACCGUGUUGAUGCUGCCUCCGGGGUGUGUUCAGUCACUAUCUGCACCAGAACACUCUGUCCUGACCUCAGUCUGUACCUUCCUGACCAUUGCUUUCUUCAUGCUGCUUAUGGAGGUGUUUGCCCGACGCCUCAGACGCAAAGUCUGCGCCUCAUUUUACCGUAGGCGUGAGGAGCAGCGCACCCAAUACCUUCUGUGGAAGAUUCUAGACAAGAGAGAAAGACCAGAGGGAAGUGAUGACUCAUAACAUUAAUGUCAGUAUCAGUAACUUCCCUGUGCAUACUUGAGCAGCUAUUUAUACUUGGAGUAAUUGUAAAACAUGGGGCACCUAAUUCAG